AUGUCAUCAUCGCCUCGUUCUCUUCAUGACUGGCCAGAGCUGUUCACUCGAAUGUGCAGCUCCACUGUUUCUGCCGGUAUGCACUGCGUUACAUUCCAACCCACGCCUGGAACCCCCAACCAAGACCGAUUUGUCGCCCAGGAAUGGGAUUUGGAUGGUCGGCGAUGGAAAUUCCUUGCCGUCCUCGAUGGUACGAACAUGGUCUUCCCAUUUCCAUUGGAAGAUAUUGAUAAGAUCGAAGGAUUGAAGAAGAACUGCACGGGGUCGUUGAGCGAUACAAGGGGCGGUCCCGAAAAAAGAUAUACGAAGCGGGUACAAGAGAUCUUGAGCUGCCAGAUCUACUAUUUUGAUAAAGGAAUUGGUGAUGCCAUUGAGGAACUCUGCCCCGAUUCGUCAUUGCUCGACGACGAACAAGCCCGCAAUCUCGUGAAUACCACCAAGAAUGUGUUUCAAAGGGCAUUGUUUGCUGGAUUGGGUGAUUCCACUGUCGGACUGGCAUAUACUUCGCCGGAAGGAUAUGGCAAUGGAGAGAGGCUUCUGACCCUCCACAGCACGCACACACCGUUGGAAUACUUCACGAUUGUCAUGCGUCAUCCCACAACAGAGAAGACAACAAUCAUACAGGACGAAUGUCUAUUGGAUAUUGCCCUACCUACAUGA